AUGGGCGCGCAGCAGACCAAGGAUCGCGCCCUGAACUCGGGAUCGCUGACCGUGCGCAGCAUCAGGUCCAAGCCGCGGUUUUCCAACGUCAAAGAUGGCAAGAACCAAGGGCUCAACAUAUUCACCGAACACAGUGAAGCAUUAUUACAAAGCCGACCUUUACCUCACAUACCAGAUCUUCCUGAUGGUGAUCCUCCUGGAGCCAUUCCUUCUGGUGGUGGGAGUUCUGGUGGUUCUAUUGGUGGAACAAUUUCAAGCAAUUUAGAAUCUUCGAUUCGAUGGACAUCAAAAGAAAACUUAUUGCAAUCCCAAGAAGAUGAUGAUCCUCAGUUGUUUGUUGCUUUAUAUGAUUUUCAAGCAGGCGGUGAUAAUCAACUUAGUCUUAAGAAAGGAGAACAAGUUCGUAUCUUAUCUUACAAUAAAAGUGGUGAAUGGUGUGAAGCACAUGCAUCACCAGGACAAGUUGGAUGGGUACCAUCAAAUUAUGUUACACCCGUUAACUCUUUAGAGAAACAUUCUUGGUAUCAUGGUCCUAUAUCAAGAAAUGCUGCUGAAUAUUUGCUUAGUUCUGGAAUAAAUGGUAGUUUUUUAGUUCGGGAGAGCGAAAGUUCUCCUGGUCAAAGAUCUAUUUCACUACGAUAUGAAGGACGUGUUUACCACUAUCGUAUUAAUGAAGAUACCUCUGAUGGAAAAGUAUAUGUAACCACUGAGAGUCGCUUUAAUACCCUUGCUGAAUUAGUUCAUCAUCAUUCAAUGCAUUCUGAUGGUCUUAUUACACAACUUUUGUAUCCAGCUCCUAAACAUAACAAACCUACAGUAUUUGCACUUAGUCCUGAACCUGACGAGUGGGAAAUUAAUCGGACAGAUAUUGUUAUGAGACACAAACUUGGUGGAGGACAAUAUGGCGAUGUUUAUGAAGCUGUUUGGAAACGAUAUAAUAUGACUGUUGCAGUUAAAACCUUGAAGGAAGACACAAUGGCACUCAAAGAUUUUUUAGAAGAAGCGGCUAUUAUGAAGGAGAUGAAACAUCCAAAUUUAGUUCAACUGCUUGGGGUUUGUACUAGAGAACCACCAUUUUACAUAAUAACAGAAUUUAUGAGUAAAGGAAAUCUCUUGGAUUAUUUACGACAAGGCAAUAGAGAAAAUAUUAAUGCAGUUGUGCUUAUGUAUAUGGCCACUCAAAUAGCUAGUGCAAUGAGUUAUUUAGAAAGUCGCAUGUUUAUUCAUAGGGAUUUGGCUGCACGUAACUGUCUUGUUGGAGAAAAUCACCUCGUUAAAGUUGCUGAUUUUGGUCUGGCUCGAUUAAUGCGGGAUGAUACAUACACAGCACAUGCAGGUGCAAAAUUUCCAAUUAAGUGGACUGCUCCUGAAGGCUUAGCUUAUAACAAAUUCUCAACUAAAUCUGAUGUGUGGGCAUUUGGUGUUUUACUAUGGGAAAUUGCAACAUAUGGUAUGUCACCAUAUCCUGGAGUUGAUCUAACUGAUGUUUAUCAUAUGUUAGAAAAAGGAUACAGAAUGGAUUGUCCACCUGGGUGUCCACCAAAUAUAUAUCAACUAAUGAAGCAGUGUUGGCAGUGGGCUCCAAAUGAGAGGCCGUCUUUUAAAGAAAUUCAUCAUGCUUUGGAAAAUAUGUUUCAAGAAUCUAAUAUUAUUGAAGAGGUGGAAAAACAAUUACAAGGGAGCUCAACACCUCAGCUAUCACAUAAAAAGUCUCACGGUAAUAAUUCAAAUAUCAUGGGUACUUCUUUGGAAUCUAAUGAAGCGAUUACACAAGUUGAACGUAAUUUGUCUACAUUUGGUGGACCAGUGGUUAAAGGAAGCCUUGUACAAUUGCGACGUCCAACAAAUAAACGUGGAAAAACAGCACCGGCACCACCAAAACGUACCAGUUUGUUGUCAUCGUGCAGUUCUUUUAGGGAUUCACAUUAUGGUGGUCCAGUAAUGGCUGAUCAAAAUGAUGCAGCUAUGUCUCUUCCUCCACAACAUUUUUUCGAAGACAACUUUCCACCAAAUGGAGUUACCAAAGAGUUGCACAACGUAGUAAACAGCCUUGCUGAUAGCGAUGGCGCCAGUGAGGAAAGCGCCGAACCGGCAGAAACCGAAAACGAGUGUACCCACAUACCGCAGUUAAACCGAGUCCACCGCGGUUCCCUCACAAAAAAGACGUCCAAACACCAAGCGUCACAUCCACUUUACCAAAGAGACACUAGUAACUUAGACACGCCAAAGGUCGCGGCGCUAGAAGUGCAGAACGUAAAGCGCGCCAUCAACCGCUACGGUACGUUGCCAAAGGGGGCGCGCAUUGGCGCGUACCUGGAGUCGCUGAGACACGGUAACGGCGAGUCGACCGAGACGAACACAUCCAAACCGCCCGCCAGCUUGCACCGUAGUACCAACAUGCCGUUACGCCGGCCUUUUCAACAACCAGGUAAUAUGACUAGGAGUAACUCGUCGACGAAUUUUCAGCCCUCCUCGCCGCGGACUGUUCGCGCCCAACCGACAGCACCCCCCAACCUCGCGGACCUCGAAUUCCCGCCACCACCGCCGCCCGAAGACCUCGACCACGAAGAGAUGUCCACGUUCCGAUUCGGCGUGAGUCUCAGACACAGAGAACCGUCGACGGAUUCGUGCAGCAGUGCCAAAUCGGAACCGGCCAGACUGAAGUGUGUGGCGGCGCGCAAGGACAGACUGCAUCCGGCCGAGCACAGCAACAAACCUGGGGCGGCGGCUGCCGUCGAGCCGUCGCCCGUGUUGUCGAAAAAGAACAUUGCUGUCGCCGAAGUGUCACCGUCGUCGGACGAAGACACUGCCGCCAAAGACGUGAAAAGUCUCGUGCCGGACAUCAUGAAAGAAAUGAUGGAACUUAAACAUCAAUCCACGGCCGGCGACAAGAAGACGACCACGACGAGCAGUGGUGCUGUUCCGGGCAAGGAAGAUCAGCAGCAGCGGCCUACGUCUCCGGUCGAUUUCAAAACGAGCCUUAGGAAGGUGAGCGCUAAGGACGACCGCGAUCAAUAUCACCCCCUUCACCACAAUCAGCAGCAACAGUUGCAGCGCAUCGACAACAACAUCGCCGAAAUCAAAUCGCAGUUGAAAAAAGUGAAAAUCGACGAGAAAAAAGACGGCGGCGAUUUGGUCGAAUCUACCGGUGACGGCGGUGACGGCAGCGACGACAAGAGGCGGAGCACCGGCAGCAUAAGCAGCUUGAAAAAACUUUGGGAGGGCGAGAGCCCGCCGUCGGAAGUGGCAGUGGCGGUGACGGCGAAGGAGAGACGUGUCUGGCCGCCCCCGCACGACGACAACCGACCGGCUGUGCCGGUGAAGCCUUCAUCGGCGGCGGCAGCCGCGGCCGCCGCCGCCACCAAGUCGUCCAACAAAUCCAACGCGAUAUACGCGACGCCGGGCGCGGUGUCCCCGUCCAACAUCGUCGAACAGUGGCAGACGGUGGACAACAGUCUGCGGGCCCUACGCGCCGCGCCCGCCGUCACGUCGGCCGGCUGGCUGUCGCUGUCCGACAAGGUGGGCGGCUUUCACUCGUCAUGCCUCAACUACGCGGACACGGCGGCCCCGCCGAACCUCAGGUUCCACCUGCGCGAGCUGCUCAACAGGUUGGAAUCGCAGUCCCGGCAGAUGCGGUCCGCGGGCGGCGGUCGUCAGCAGGCCGACCACUCGACCAUAUUCCAAACGCUGGACGGCACCCUCAAGGACAUACUCAACGUCAUACAGAGAUAGAACUCGCCAGCCCGCCGCCGCCACCGAGUGUAGUCGUAUUGUUCUACACAAACACUUACCUUACUACCUAUUACAAUAUAUUAUUUUAUUAUCAUAUAUAAAUAUUAUUAUGUAUUACACGCUUACUCUGCGAAUACCAACCCGACGCCGUGGUGUCACAUUCCUCUAACGAUAUAUUCUAUACGAAAUUAUUUAUUAUUUUUUUUUUUAUUAUUAUGGUUAUUAUUAUUAUAAUUAUUUUGAGUUUUGACUGUACAGACUUUAUACUUUCUCUUAAAAUAAUAUUCGAAAACAACAAAAAUAAGUGUAUACUUUAAAAUUGGCAUUGUGUGCGUGUACGUACGGUGCGUGUAAUGUGUGUGACUUUGAUGUUGACAGGCUUCUCGUUUUUUUUUUCGUUUUUGACAAUAACGUCUCGAGGCAAAUUUUCAUUUUCACCGUCGUCGAAUUAUUUAUUUUUCUUUGUGUUUCUCGAUUAUUGAUCUGAUCGGUUUUAAAUUGAUUUACCAGCGAACGUAUAUAUUAAACAAUUUGAUUUUUUUUACAUCGAGUUACAGUUGUUCCCGCCUGUUGUGAAGUGCGAGUAACAACAAAAAUGUUUCGGUUCCAUUAAUAUCCUCGCUUUUUUUCGUACAGUCGAUUAGGAUACGAUACUUAUCAUCUGCAAUUAUCAAGCGUUUAGUUUUUCGGUUAAAAAAAAAAAAAAAAAAAAAAAAAAUAAAAAUAAAAAUAAAAAAAUGAGUGGUUGACACGUACUUCGUAAUGAUACCUAUACAAAUUAGAACCAUAGAAGAUAUUGUGUUUUUUAUUAAAUAUUUACUAUUAAUAUUUUACAUUAAUGAAAUCAUUCCAAGUGUUGUGCAGUAAUAAUUAGGCUUUGACCCUUUGCCUAGUCUUUCGGUAAAUGCAUUCCGUCAUUUAAUAUUCGAAUUGCUCAUAAAAAGUACACGAGAGGUUCCCAAGAAUAAAACAUAAUAUGCAAAUUGUAAUAUAAAUAAUAAAAUUUCCGCGACGUUAUGUCAAUUUUUUUUUGACCUGUGGGUUUAUUCAUGUUGUUAUAUGAAAACAUAUUUAUACUAUAUUUAUUAUGAAUCCCAGUUGAGUGUCGUUUAAGUCCUGAACGAUUACUUGUACUCUACUUAAAUUGGUUUUUACUUGUGUGUUGACAGAAAUUUAUGUGAGCAGUAAGGUCGGCACACAAAGAUUAUUAUUAUAACUAUUUGUUUUUUCUUUUAAUGUGUUUGGUGUCUACUUAUUCUAUUCUGAAUGACCGAUAACUUGUUUGCGUGCUUGUGUGUUUGUGUGAAUGAGUGAGUUUAUUUCAUCGCUAUUUUUAUUUUUUAUUUUUCUACCUAAAGAAUUAAACUGCCCAUAUUUUGUUGCUCAAUGAUUUGUUAAUUUUUACCAUACCUGUAAGAUGAUUACACCACGAUAUCGAUUUAUAUCCUCUUUGUGUUUUUUAUGUGUAUGAUUUUUAUUAUUAUUAUUAUUAUUAUUAUCAUUAAUUACAUAUUUAACUUCACCCCAUUUCCUUGUUUUCCCUUCUUGUUCGAUACAUGUAUCGUUAAUGAAUCGUACGCCUACAUCUUAUUGUAAAAAUGCGGUUUUCGAGUCUUUGAUCAACGUAAUAUUUAAUUCGAUUAUAUUAUAUAUAUAUAUAAAAAAAAAAAAAAAAAAAAA